GCAAAAGGACUCUCCCAAGUCCCGCCUCUUUGCAUCGAUGCCAUGGAGCCUGAGUGCUCAUUAUAACCAAUGGGAGGGACGCACAAGAUGCCUGCGCCCGCCCCUCCUGAGCCCAUAGGAUGAAAGGCGUGCUAGUCCUCUGUAUUAUUUACCUCCCUCCAGAUAGGGACACCGGGUGCUUUGCCUUGGUUCCCUGUAAAAACCACCGCUUUUUGGAGGGCUUUGGAGCCCCCUCCUGGCUUUGGACGGCGAGCUCCUACAGAGCCUUUCCCUGAAAGCUGCUGAGAUCUUUGAGAUCUUGAUUGUCCUGCAAUGGCUGCUGUAAGGAAAGUCAUCAAAACCGUGCUCAGUAAGGAGCAAGCAGAAGGAGUUGGGGCUCGUGUGCGGCGGAGUAUAGGCCGGCCAGAAUUGAAAAACCUGGACCCAUUUCUGCUGCUUGAUGAAUUCAAAGGAGGUCAGCCAGCUGGCUUUCCCGAUCACCCACACCGAGGUUUUGAAACAGUAACUUAUCUAAUGGCAGGUGGAUCCAUGGCCCAUGAAGAUUUUUGUGGCCAUACAGGUAGACUAGAUCCAGGAGAUUUGCAGUGGAUGACUGCUGGCCGUGGUAUUCUCCAUGCAGAGAUGCCUUGUUCUGAAGAGCCAGCCCAUGGAUUACAGCUCUGGGUCAAUCUGCGAAGCUCUGAGAAGAUGAUUGAACCUCAGUACCAAGAACUGAAAAGCAAAGAGAUACCUAAACCUUCACAGAAUGGUGUGACAGUGGCGGUCAUUUCAGGAGAGGCAUUGGGUGUCAAAUCCAAGGUGUACACUCGCACACCAACACUGUAUCUGGAUUUCAAGUUAGAUGCAGGAGCAAAGCACACCCAACCAGUUCCCAAAGGUUGGACAGCAUUUAUUUACACACUCUCUGGCAACAUUUGUGUUGGUCCUGCUGAUGCUCAACAAAAGGUAGAGCCUCACCACACAGCAGUGCUGGAUGAUGGGGAUUGUGUCCAGCUUGAGAAUAAGGAUGCUGAAAUGAGUCAUUUUGUUUUAGUGGCUGGUGAGCCAAUAAAGGAAACAGUGAUUCAACAUGGGCCAUUUGUUAUGAAUACCCAGGAAGAAAUUUUACAAGCCAUUGAUGACUACAGAAAUGCAAGAAAUGGCUUUGAAAGAGCUACCACCUGGAAAUCAAAGAUUGGAAACAAAUGAUUUGGAAUAUUAGAAAUGCAACUGGUCGACUGAUUAUGUUUAUAGCUGUACAUCUUCAUUCUCCUAGUCUUUCCUCAUGAGUUACUCUCUUUGCUUCACUGGACCUAAUUAUGUGGAUGUGCCAGAUAGACUUAUAGAAACAAAGUUAACUUACUGUUAUAGAAUAGUGCAUCUCUAUUUUUAAUGUUCUUUUAAAAAUACAUAUAUUACAAAUACUCCGUAGUAGAAAAUGCACAGAAAUCUAUUUCUCUGUAAUAAAAAUUGCCUUCAGUUUUCAGUGUGCACUAAAAACUUUGUUUUAAAAAUGAGUAUGUUGUACCACAGUCUUACAACACAGAGAACUUAAAACAUGUAGGAACAAGGUGGUACUGCUGGGUCAGCCCGAUUUAUAGUGCUAAGGUUUCAUAUUUCAGGUCAUUCUCCUUAAAAUAAUGGCCUUCUGCGUUGCUUUGGUUUUAUAAAUGCUAUGCCAUUGGCAGGGACAAAAUGGGAUCAGAGCCAAAAUGUGAGUGUGUUUUCUGCCAGUGUCUGCAUCAGAUUUAAGACGCAUGCUUCUACUGGCUUCCAUGAAGGCUGUGAAAAAAAGUUUCAAUGCAGAGUUGGAUUACAGCUCUCCCUGGCUCAAAACAUUGGCUGUUAAUGCUGUUAAAAAGAGGCUGUAACAUGGAGCACCAAGAAAUCCCAGCAGAUUUUAACCUUUCCUGGACCACAAAUGAGUAUUGAUUUUCUUCUUUUUUUCUUGAGAUGGAUUGAGUUUUUGAACUGGAAUCAUUUUUUUUUGGCAUAUGGAAACAUUUGUCUACUCUUUUAUAUUUUUUGAAUCUUAACAAGUAUCAACAGGAAAGAAAUGACACUGUUUAUGUGAAUUCCACUCUUUUUUUUUUU